CUUGUUGGGGAGGGAAGAUGAGUGGAUUGGCGUUGAUUAGAGAUUGGGAGACAUGUGCCCUCUAUGUUAGCUUUGGGAAAAGGCACUUCCAAACAACAAGGUCCAAUCUGGACUACUUAUCACUUUGCAUUGGAUAUGACAAGUAAGCUUGUGAGAACGUUACCCCUGCUGUUUGGGGGAGCAUUCCUUCCCAUAGUGUACACUGACAGUCUAAAACUCAUAUCAUCCAGGAAGCUGACACAUGUCUUGUACGUUGUAAAAUCAGCAAUACUUUAUUUCGAAAGACACUUCCUCAGAUGGUAGCUUUAUAAAGAAGUACUUUGGAUAUAUCGUUAUAAUUUUACUGGAGGAAGUGAAAGUUACAUUGGUAUAAUACUUGUAUGCCUGGAUCAAUAGAGCAGACAACUGUGAAGAUCAUCAGAUUCAUCCUACAUUACGGCGGACUUGAACAUUAAUUGUUUUGUUACUACAGGAAGUAUGUGCAUUCAUUUACAAGGGAUAUAGGGAAUACACCUCAAUGGACAUUUCCUGGGAAGACAUUCUUGGGAAGCUGUGAUGUACAUGAAUGACCCAUUCUAUUCAUCCUCUCUGCAGACUCGACAAGCAUAUCCCCAGCUCAGUAGCAUCUUUUCGACUAUAAAUUAUGGCAGGAAAAAUACUUGUACAUGUACAUGUUUUAUGUCACUUUCAGGUAAUUGUUAAUCACCUCCACAGAAAUUCCUGAGAACACGGCAAGAGAUUUGUGAUCAGCACAUCUAUAAUAACUUUGAAAUUGUGAAGCAAACUUUGUAUCACAUUGCGCUUGAAAUUUGUUGUCCCUGGAGCUACAUGUACAAUGAAUCUGGAACAUUGGCUUUGAAUACAUUGGGAAGAUCAUUUUAAGUUUGUGAAAGGAAACAACCUGACAAAUGAGACAGAAUAUGGUACAGAAUUUCCUGACUACAGGUGUAUAUUCGAUAUUCUGCAAGAAGCUGCCUACAGCAUGAUCAUUUCUUCAUGAUCAGAGAUCUGGCUUCUGCCUCCAUUCUUUGUUUUAAUACUGCAGGGAGUACCGUAAUUGUGACUUAUAUUAUUUACAAAGUAUACAACUUGAAUGGGACUUCCUUGAGUCAUAUUAGACAUUCAUUCAGGACACCUUGAUUUGUGCUUCAGCUCUACAUGUACAUUCAAGAUUGUAUGUAGCCCUUGACUGGCCUGGAACUACUGCAGGAAGCCAAGACAACAUUUCUCUCAAGGUUUUCAUCACUAUCAUUUGAAGUAUCAACAUGAAUAAUUUCAUCAGAUCAGCCAAACCACCUGGUGUGCCGGGAAAGAAAAAUAAACAGAGGAUGGUUGACAAGGAAAUGGCUAUGGCAGAGAAUAGGAGUUUAGCAGACUUCAAUCUAUCACGAGAAACAAGGUUACGGGAAGGACGCAACCAGCUAGCGCGACUCCACGAAGAGGCCAAGAGGAUACGAGACGUUUAUGAUGUAGACAGGAGAAGAUUAGAGUCUUUAAAUGAGAAUUAUUCAUUGGAUGCUGCCAAAGUCAUGUUAGAAACCUCAGCAACCAAGACAGAAGAAGAAUCAGAGGAAAUUGCUGAAGAGUUCUUGAACGGCAACUUACCCUUAUCGGAUUUUGUUGAACAAUUUAUCCAGAGGCGCUCGAUGGCACACAUACGACGGAUUAAAUCAGACAAAAUGCAAGAACUGUUGAGAAAUUCUAGUCGAACCAAUCCUCCAGCUGCACAGAAUGUAGAUAUCCCCAUGACCACGCCCAUGGGCUACACCCCCAUGCCCACCAGACCUGCACCAGCUGUCCCCCAUGCUACCGGUAGCCAGAUGUACUAUCCUGGAUACCCGUCACACACCCCUGCACCUGUUCCUGCCCAAGUGGCAGCCAGUGGGUCGUCAUGGUCACCCUACCAAGGAUCGUCCAGUACACCAUCCCUACCGGCUUAUCCCCGUUAACAGCAUCUUAUAAACUGCCAAAAUGAGACUGAGCAUUAUUAGAUGAAGGCACUGGUAAUGGAGGCAGUGACAACAGGCAGCCAUCAACAAGUGCAGUCUGAGUUCAAUCUUGAUGCUAAUCAUUCUAUGCUUGGACAAGUUGAGGGAGCUAGAUCUAGUACACCUGUCCCUAUUCUUGAGAGGAAUAAAUGAAACUGCUUUUUCAUCUCUGUAACCAUUUACAAAUUAAGUCCUUAGUAGUACAUUUUAAAUUCAGGAAUGUUGCUGCUGUUUAGAAUUUUCAAACUCUGUUUAUAUUAGAAGGCUUAUAGGUCAGGAUAUACAAUAGAAUGGCAGGUUUCUUGAGAGUGUAUCAUAAAAUUGUUGCCAUAUCAGGCAUGGAAGAACCUCAUGCUUAGUACAAGGAAUGUGGUAGAGCAACACUCAUUUUAAUAGAGCAAGUUUCCCCAAGGGUAUGGCUAUAGAGCCAAGCCAUCAAAUUGGUCUUGAAAAUAAUUACCAAUUCUGUAAAGUGAAUUCUGAUUGUAAGAGCAUUCAUUCAAGAAAUUUAUUCAAAAUGGACAGAGCAAUGUCACUGUCAAUUUAUAGAAGGAUAUCUAUUGGAUGUUUCAUAAAAAAGCAGUUCGUUAAGUUACACACAACUUUGCGCACAACUGGAACGUUUUCUUAGGUGCUAAGUCAGUCGCAUGCCAUAGGCAUACAUCAAAUAGCAAAAGAUGGAUCACCAGUUGUGCAUGAGGUCAUUCGUAACGUACAUACAGCUUUAUGAAACACCACCCACUUGGUGCCUUUAACAGAUUAAAGAAAAUUGCUGAAAUGUAAUAUGGUACUGAAAUCCAUGUGAUUGUCCAUUGAAAAUCACUCACAAAACUUCUCCCCUUAUUACAAUGCUAGAAUCAAUUCUCCCUUGAUUGGGAUUCUAACUUUAACAUCCCCAAGCAUUCUUUGACAGUGUCCAUAAUAUUUCAAAGAAAAUAUUUUUCAUAUAUAUGCUGUUAUUAGUAGGAUCAGCCUUGAUUGUUAUUAUAGCAAAUUGUAUAUCUUACUAUAUAAUCAUGCAUGCUAGCCUUGCUUUUCUAUAUGAAUAUUAUGAUGAUGAAAUGUUAAAUCUGAUCAUGUAUUGAUACAUUUUGAUUAUAAAGGCAUUUACACUGCCAUUUAAAGUUAGCAGUCUCUGUCAUAAUCAUUUUUUUUUCUACUCUUCAUUUAAAAAUAAAACUUUAAAGAUCUUAAACAAUCAGUUGGGUCAUACUGUACUGGAAAAAUCUUCUGAAAUCUAGUGGAAAGCCCUGGCUCUACCACCAAUGACAACUACCUUGGUAACUUAAUUAGUUCUUCAGGCUUAAAAUCAUAUGGGUGUAGGAGGGGGUUGGGCUCUGCCUUCCCCCCCCCCCCUCCAGAUAGGGGGGGGGAGAAAUGGAAAAUGAUGAAGUAUGAUAUCAUUUUCAUAUAUGUCAAAAAUAUAUUCCAAAAUUAAAUUCUCAUAAAAAGGCCCAAAUUUUUGCUUGCUUGCUUACAAAAUUUGAGUUUGUGCCCACAUGGUUUUGUUUAUUAUACCACUGCUGAAAGUGAUUUGAAUAAAUGAGUAAAAUAAGCAUAACACUGAAGAUGUCUGGAGUUCUCUGAUCAAGUCAUCUCCCUAUUUUUCUUUUUUUUAAAUUUCAUGUGAAACUACAGUUAUUCAAAUUUCUGCUCUAAAAAUUAAAACCAAAGUUGACUGCUGAAUCAAUGUGUAAAAUUGUAGUUUCUUUACCUUGUGUAAAGUUUUAGCGAAAAGAAAUAUAUUUUAAUAUGCAAAUGUAUGAAAACUAAGAUUACCCAAAAAGAGAGAUUAAGCUUUCAAUUCUUUAAUUUAUCAAUUUACUCUUUUGAUUCUUAUUAUACUAUCUUUGGCCCCUGAGUACCCCUUUAUGUCAACAGUUAAAUCCUUUUUUCCUUGGUACUAAUACUACUGAUGACAAAUGUACCAGAUAAUAGGAAGUUCAAUGCAUGGUGACGCUGAUCUGUAGAAGUAUUGAUAGAUAUUUUGUGAUCAGGCACCACGAAACUACCAAAUAAUCACCAGCAAUUAUCUGUUAGUAUGUGAUUGGUUCUGGAAGAGGAUAUACAGCUUUGAAAUGAUGUAUAACUCAAUAUGAUCCCAAUACCAUUUACCAAAAGAAGAAUAUUCACUACCAAAGAGGGGGUUAGAAUUUGCCAGUUUAUUGAAGUGCUCUGAUGACUGGUAGCCCAUUAUGAACAAAGGUGACAAUUGGAAGAUUAGAUCUCAAAAGAAUUUUUGUGGAAGGAGUCAUCAAUUCACCCCAAAGUGUUAAUUUAAACACAUCCUGUUCUUUGUAAUGAAUCAAGUAUGUGUAUCAGUGAAAAAGCUUGCUUUAAAAUGAAUUUAUAUAUUACAUUGAAAGUCAAAUGGUGAUGUCCAGAAAUAAUUUACAGUAAAAAAUGUAUUUAAGAAUCAGUCAUGAAAUAGCAGCAUGUGUUUAUUUGGUACAACCUAGUUUUACAGUACAUAGACAAGUGAAUGAUACUAUCAGAAAAUAUCUCAGUACAUAGACAAAUUAAUGAUAUUUCCAGAAAAUAUAAAGAACGUUUAUUUGAUAGUUAUGACCAAGAACAGUGUUGACAAGCUCCAAAUGAUGAUAACACUGUGGAUCCAGGUUGUAUUUGAGAAAUACGUUUGUUUGUAUAAGUUGAAUUGACAAAUUUCAUAGGGGAAUGUUCAGAUUUUGAUCAAUAACCAUGACAAUGAGUUUUCUAUUUGUAUGUACCAGUUUAAAAGUAUAUUCUUAUUUUGUUUAAUAAGCUUAAUGAUUAAAUGAUGGUGUGGGCUGUCGCAGUGCAUGAAAUUCAUUUAAAAAAUCAACAAUUUUUGGUCAGAUUCAGUUGUAAAUUACACUAUACAUAAUUCUGUGUCAUUACUAUUGCUUUAUUAAAGGAUUCAUAUUCCUGUUGAAAUUUUUAGUUUUGAAUGUGAUUUGAUUGAAUGAUAUCUGUAUGAUCUUGCCAUCGGGUGUUGUAGGACUAAGGGUCUUUUCAUUUUUUUUGUACCAAUAUAUUUAGGAACUCUAGAUUAGAUGUCUUUGUGUGUCCAAAUUUCCUUUACACUUUUAUUGUUAUGUUCAUACCUAAUAUUAAUGAAUAAGUUGCCCAUAUGAUCCCUUUAUCUUCUAAUUGAUAAUGUGACAGCCUUUCAAGUAGACAUUACCAUGGUCUAACAAGUUUUGUUUUUAAUAUAAGGCAAUGUCAUGAUGUAAAUACGGCAUCAUUAUUCACAUGCUUCAAUUUAGUCUGUUGUGCCAGUCAGUCCUAUUCAAGGAUGAAAGGUAGAGCUUAAGAUUGUUAUGGGGGGGGGAGGAGGGGGUCAUACAAUAUGCCACUCUCCUUUGACUAGCAAUGGACGAUUCUCUGUGGAAUAGCACAGGAAGCACUAAAACUUAUAUGCUGGGUUGGGAUGAGGUUUCAUGAUUUUUUUUUCUUUCAAGUCUAAAAAUAACAUCACCUUGUUGGGCCAUUGUCAUAGAGUACCGAAGUGACUGUCACAAUUUUAUUUUAUUUUAUUGUUUUUGAUACCAUAUUUUGGUUGAGCAUGAUGGAAAUCACCUACAACCUAAAUUUUUGGGAAUCGGUCCAUGGGCCCGAAGAUAGGACCUCAUUAAUACAUUGAUUUCAAGUUGAUGGCAAAAAAGGAUUAACGAUCACUCCCUUUGUAACAUUUUGAAUCAUGCUUUUGGCAAUGAAUUUACUUUUUUUUGGCACUUACCUUUUGGCAGCUGUUAUUCAUUGCAUGUUUUGGCAGUAUUAUUUCCUACGUAUGAUUUGCAGUACUGUUUGAUGUCUCAAAAAAAAAAUUAUGUCAUGAUAUAUUAAAUUGUUUUUACUUGUA